UGAACACCUUCUGGCUCCCGCCUUCCCCCGCUUCCGGUCGUCGUCGUCGCCGCCGCUACUCCUGCUGCUGCUGCUACUGGGGCUGGUGGCGGAGGUCUGAGAAUCGGGCGGCGGCGGCGGCGGCCGAGAGGGCGGCGGCGGGAGGGAAGGAGCAGGACGAGGGAACGAGAGGAGGCGAGCGCGGAGCGAGCGGAGCGCGCCCUUCCGCCCUCCUGAGGUUCCGGAGCCUCCCGGGCCCGCAGCCGCCGCCGCCCGUCCGCCCGUCCGCCAGUCCGCCCGCCCGCCGGACAAAGCCGAGAGCCCGCGCUGGAGCCAUGUCCUCGUCUGCCGGCAGCGGCCACCAGCCCAGCCAGAGCCGUGCCAUCCCCACCCGCACCGUGCCCAUCAGCGACGCGGCGCAGCUACCUCAUGACUAUUGCACCACGCCCGGGGGGACGCUGUUCUCCACCACGCCGGGAGGAACCCGAAUCAUUUAUGAUCGAAAGUUUCUGUUGGAUCGUCGCAAUUCUCCCAUGGCUCAAACUCCGCCCUGCCAUCUGCCCAAUAUCCCAGGAGUUACUCGCCCUGGCACCUUAAUCGAAGACUCCAAAGUAGAAGUGAACAAUUUGAACAACUUGAACAAUCAUGACAGGAAGCAUGCAGUUGCAGGGGAUGAUUCUCAGUUCGAGAUGGACAUCUGACCUCCUACAAAAAGAGGAAAGCAGCACCCCAGAUACUUCUGCAGACCUGCUGUGGCCAACAGGACCAACAGUGGAAAGACAGGCAGCACCGGCAGCCUGCAGUGCCAUCCCCACCUCCCCUCUUCCUCAGGUGCCAAAUGCUAGGAAGAUGAGCUGCGUCUGGCUGUUUAUUCUCAUGUUUCCCGUCCCCUGCCCAGCUAGACAGAUUAGUUUGAAGGCGCUAGGGGCGCUUCUGUAGAGCUAAGCUGUCCACUGAGACAAACAGUUAAACUGUCUUCCCUGGUCCUGUCUCUAUUGAGAAUCUCCCUAUUCCUCCUCAGAGUUAUCUCAGAUCUAAUACCAGUCUACCAACAACUGCGUGUGUGGAAUGCCUGGGGAAGGGAUGCAGAGGUUUGGCAGGUUCGUCAUUCAUGUUUUUUACUCUGUCUUUCCUCCUCGUAUCCCACCCAUGAUUUAGCGCUGGGUUCCAGAUCUUUAAAACCAGCAGGGGGAAGUGAUAAAAAGAAAGCUGCUUUCCCUUUUACCUUGAGGUAUUUGUCCUUAUGGACAGAGCAGCACAAUUUAUGCAACUUUAAGUAGCAUGGCUCUGUGACACAGUUUGGAAAUCUGCAUCCCCUCUUUCCCUUGGGAGGAAUGUCUUCUGUCUUUGGUAUUGUAGUUUCUUUUCCCAUUCCUUUACUCGGCAGAUAUGUGUAUAGGUAUUUUUAAACUCAGUGCUCAGUACCCAGCUGUUCUUCGUUCUUCUGCCUUCCUCUCUGUCUGCAUUUGUUGCCACAGAGUCCUCUGUACUAGGAGCUGUCCAGGUGACGCCUGCUCCCAGAGCAGGACAAUUGGAAGUAACAGAGGCACUUUGCUUCCCCUUGAUGGUUAAAGCCUGCUCCUAGAUUCUGCCAGACAACACCUAAAAGACUGUUGAGCAACUUGAGUACUCAGUCCCAGUCAGUUUUAAAACUCCACUGAACAUUGUGCUAUUUGUUGUCUUGGCUUGCAGUUUCUUACAAGGUAACUUUUAGAAAUGUUCUUAGAAAAGAACCACAUUUUUUACAUAUUUGGAUCUGCUUUGUUUGGCUACUGGGAUAGAUAAGCAUGGAUUUAAAAAUGUGUUCCUCCCAGAUUUCUUGCCAUUCCCACAGUACUCUGAAUUCUCCUUCCUUUCUUCCCUCCUUCCUACCAUCUCCCUCCCUUUCUUUCCUUCCCUUUCCUCUCCCAGGCCAUUUUUCAAAUCUACAUCAAAGAUGAUACCUCAAGUGUUGGUAUCUGAUAAUAUCUGUCACUUACCUGAAGAGUGACCUUUUAUUUUUAAAUGACUACAGACCUAUUUUUAGAUAUGUUUUCAGUACAAUUUUGAACAGCAACUUUUUCACUAAACAUCUUCCAGUUCAGGGAAGUGUUCUGUGUCACUGUCCUUUGUGGUCCCGUGCCCGCCUCCCGAUUUUCCUUCCGAGCUCUUUCCCCUUCAGUUUGGAUGUGUGUGUUUGGAGUUUGUAGAGGGUGGUUUGUAAAACUGGACCAUUCUGCCUUGCUGUGGGUUGUUCAGGAAAGCCUCAUUAUCCUUUUACUCUUCCAUUUGCCCUUCUCCCCACCCGACUCCUGGUACUGCCGGCUGGCACAGUAACCCCAGGAGAGGGUUCCCCUAUAGAAAGACAGACAUUGUCCCCUCACAGGGGAACACAAGUAGAGCAGCCACUGGUGUCCUGCAACUUUCUGGUUGGAUUCUUAUUAAGAGAUUCCAAGGUGAGAGUCAUAGGCCCAUUGGCUAAGAAGUAAGAACAAAAGCUGUUUUUCUUUUGAAUUAUGAGAACGUAUUUGUGAAGACAUUUUAGAAAGAGAAGACAUUUUAGAAACAAAGCAGAACUUUGUUUUGUCUUUUGCUGCAAAAUGUGAAUAGUUCAGAGUAAAACCUCUUGUGAUGGUUGAUGUCUCUCAGGAAUAAGCUGGAUCUCCAAUGUUUUGGGGGUGCUUGAGUCUCACAAUCAGUAAUCAAAAAAUAUUUUGUUUAAUGUAUCCCUCUUAUUUUAAUUAAACUUCAAAUUUUGCUUUUCAUA